ACCGGGAAGAGCCCGUCCGACUGGCCCCGGAGAGAGAGUUCAUCAAGUCGCUGAUGGCCAUCGGGAAGCGCCUGACCACGCUGCCCACCAAGGAGCAGAAGACGCAGCGCCUCAUCUCGGAGCUGUCGCUGCUGAACCACAAGCUGCCCGCCCGCGUUUGGCUCCCCACCGCCGGAUUCGACCACCACGUCGUGCGGGUCCCGCACACCCAGGCUGUGGUGCUGAACUCCAAGGACAAGGCUCCGUAUCUAAUCUACGUGGAAGUACUUGAAUGUGAAAACUUCGACACCACUAACGUUCCAGCCCGGAUCCCAGAGAACCGCAUCCGCAGCACGAGGUCCGUGGAGAACCUUCCGGAAUGUGGGAUCACGCACGAGCAGCGGGCCAGCAGCUUCACCACCGUCCCCAAUUACGACAACGAUGACGAGGCGUGGUCCGUGGAUGACAUCGGAGAGCUGCAGGUGGAGCUUCCAGAGCUACACACCAACAGCUGUGACAACAUCUCCCAGUUUUCUGUGGACAGCAUCACCAGCCAGGAGAGCAAAGAGCCCGUCUUCAUAGCUGCUGGAGACAUCAGGCGGCGUCUCUCAGAGCAGCUUGCCCACACUCCGACAUCGUUCAAGAGGGACCCCGAGGAUCCUUCUGCCGUUGCCUUGAAGGAGCCCUGGCAAGAGAAAGUCAGGCGGAUCCGGGAGGGCUCCCCGUACGGCCACCUCCCAAACUGGCGUCUCCUCUCUGUGAUUGUGAAAUGUGGGGACGAUCUCCGCCAAGAGCUUCUGGCCUUCCAGGUGCUCAAGCAGCUGCAGGCCAUCUGGGAGCAGGAGCGCGUCCCGCUGUGGAUUAAGCCAUACAAAAUCCUCGUCAUCUCGGCCGACAGCGGCAUGAUCGAGCCCGUGGUCAACGCCGUCUCCAUCCACCAGGUGAAGAAGCAAUCCCAGCUCUCCCUGUUGGACUACUUCCUGCAGGAGCACGGGAGCUACACCACGGAGGCCUUCCUGACCGCCCAGCGCAACUUCGUUCAGAGCUGCGCCGGCUACUGCCUGGUUUGCUACCUGCUGCAGGUCAAGGACAGGCACAACGGGAACAUCUUGCUGGACGCCAAUGGACACAUCAUCCACAUCGACUUCGGCUUCAUCCUCUCCAGCUCCCCCCGGAACCUUGGCUUCGAGACCUCGGCCUUCAAGCUCACCACAGAGUUCGUUGAUGUCAUGGGAGGUCUGGACGGCGACAUGUUCAACUACUACAAGAUGCUGAUGCUGCAGGGCCUGAUUGCUGCUCGGAAGCACAUGGAUAAAGUAGUCCAAAUUGUGGAGAUCAUGCAGCAAGGUUCCCAGCUGCCCUGCUUCCACGGCUCCAGCACCAUCCGCAACCUGAAGGAGCGCUUCCACAUGAACAUGACCGAGGAGCAGCUCCAGCUGCUAAUCGAGCAGAUGGUGGAUGGGAGCAUGCGCUCGAUCACCACCAAGCUCUACGACGGCUUCCAGUACCUCACCAACGGCAUCAUGUGAACACACCCGGCCGCCGGGCCGCCUCCUCUCCCCUUCCCUCGCCCCGGCCGCCAGAGACCAUGGGGCCCACCCGGAGAGGAAAGAGGGCUGUUCUUCUCGCCCGCGGCGUCCUCCACCGAGGGAGGCCGGCUCGCGGGCCUUUUGAAGCGGGCGCUGUUUUUACCGGAUAUUUUGAGACUCCCGGUGGGGACGGGGCAAGAACAGACGGCCCCCCUCACCCCCACCCCGAGCAGUAGGAACACUUGUCCCGUGAGAGCGCAAAAGAUCGUGUGGGAAACCGCGUCGACGUUUUCCUUUUAAAGUAACAAGCCAGGAUGGAGCCUCCGCUCCCCAGAAACCAUGUUGUGUGUCUGUCUGUCUGUCCGUCCGUCUGUCUCGCCCUCUGUUCUCUGUCUCUUUUAUUUCAGUAUUAUACCUCUUUGACCAUCCUGUGAAAUCUCUCCCAACAGACUGGCAAAUGUUGAUAGAUUGGGGGGGAAUGUCUGUGAAGGGGGGGCUUAUCCUUGCAGAUUACCCCCCCAAAAAAGGCUUCCCUUUCUGCCCCUCCCCCCCAGUCCGGCCCCUCCUGAUGCUGUCGAGCCGACUCCCCCCCUCACACUGGUGCACGUUUUUGUCUGCGUUGGGCAAUAUGGUUGGCUACUGCCCCCUCCCUGUUUCUUUCCUCCUGCACAUGUGAACGCAGAGUCACCAGCGGCACACGGAACUUAUUUUUUUGCGCGCUCGGUGGGUCCCCGGCCCCUUUGCCCUGAGCGCCCCCUUUGUUGCCCUUGAACACCUGGGGCUUGUGGCCCCGUGCGGGGUGGGGGGCGGGGUGGGGGUCUGUCUUGCACCUUAAACGUAUUUGCGGAAACAUCGUCCGCGGCUCGGCUGUUCCACCCUCGCCUCUGCUUGGCCGCGAUUCAAGGGUUUGUGCUGCCUCGAAGCCGUUGUCGUCUUUGGCUCAGGUGACGCUCAGAAAUGACGGGGGAGGCCUCCGGUGGGCGCCCCCCCUUCCGCUUGAACCCCUGCCGGGUCUUUCGACUGUUUUCGGAUCCUUAUCCUGUGAUCGGGCCACCCACCCCAGCUCUCACGCACGCCACGCCAGCACACAACCCGGAAGGUUUCCCCUGACUUCCUUGGCAAUCAAGCACCCCAGUUUACAGCUGCCAGUGAAGGAAAGCCACGGUGUAGAUCAUAGGUGUCAAACUCGCGCCUCUCCAGAU